AUGCCAGAUGCAGAUAACACAAACUUGGUUUUCAAGGGCUGUGCAGAUCAGAAACUACAGGACCCGUCUGAGAUAUUCUCAAGGAACCUGAAGUACCUCUUGGAUUCUCUGGUGUCACGAUCUGGAAAAAAGGCCUUCUUCACCACAACCUCUGGAGAUGGCCAGAAUGUGAUCAUGGGUCUGUACCAAUGCAGAGGGGACCUCUCAAACACUGCUUGCUACGACUGUGUAAGCAAGAUUCCUGGCAUGCUUGAAAACUUGUGUGGCAAGGUGGAAGCUUCGCAUGUUCAGCUGACUGGAUGCUACCUAAGGUAUGAGAUUGUUGGGUUCAAACAGGUGCCUGAGACUCAAUUGCUUUACAAGGUUUGUGGGUCCAAGAAAGAUAGUUAUGAUGAUGGGUUUGAGGAGAGAAGGGACUCUGCAUUUGGUAUGGUGGAUAGUGGUGUGAAAAAUAGUGGAAACUUGUUUUACACUGGGAGCUAUCAGUCUCUCUAUGUGUUGGGGCAGUGUGAGGGUGAUUUGGCCAAAAACGAUUGUGGGGAUUGUGUGAAGAGUGCUGAGGAUCAAGCUAAAGCCGAGUGUGGUGACUCUGUUUCUGCACAAAUUUAUCUACACAAGUGUUUCAUUAGCUACAGCUUUUAUUAUCCUAAGGGAAGAGGGUCAUCCUCUGCAGGAUCACUGGGGCAACAAGAGACUGAGAGGACUGUAGCUCUUGCAGUGGGAGGGUUUGCAGCUUUGGGUUUCUUAAUUGCUUGCUUGUUGUUUUUCAAAUCAUUGUUGAAGAAAAAAGGAAGUGAAAUGUGGGACACAUCUUACAUCCCUGUCCCUACCAUACCCAAAACUAGGGUGUUUCUACAUGCUGGCUUUGGAAAUCAAAAGGCCAAGAAGCCUCCAAAGAUGAUACCACGUAUAGACACUGGCCAAAUAUCAAUUCUAUUCAGUAUACGAAGGCCAUCUCAAGUUCAUCACAGAAAGAAUAACGCAGCACCAGCUCAAUGCAUACUGAAACAGAACCAUUCUACAAAAAACAGCAGAAAGGUAAAAUUAUUGGAAGCGGAAACCCUAGAAGCAGAAGCGCAUGCAACGAGUGGUUUCAAAAGGAAGGAACGGAUCUGA